AUUUGACCAUUAGAUUUCCAGAAAUAAAAAACAGAGGAAUGCAGCAGGCAGCAGCGAUGCACAACUGACUUCAACUUAUGAGGUUGAGAUUGUUAUGCAUCACCUUAUUCAGCAAACAACAGCACCAUCUUCUCCUACAAAUACCCCCACCCAAACACACACACACUCUCACUCUCACUACCAACAACACACCAACAAUGGCCUCUGAUCUCAAGUCUAAAUUCCUCCACGUUUAUCAAACUCUCAAAUCCGAAUUACUCAACGAUCCAGCCUUCGAAUUCCACCACGAUUCUCGUCAAUGGAUCGAUAAGAUGCUUGACUACAACGUACCCGGAGGAAAGCUGAAUCGGGGCCUCUCUGUUGUUGACAGCUACCAGUUACUUAAAGGAGCAGAACUGACUGAUGAUGAGAUUUUUCUUGCAUCUGCCCUUGGUUGGUGCAUUGAAUGGCUUCAAGCAUACUUUCUUGUGCUUGAUGACAUCAUGGACGGGUCUCAUACACGCAGAGGUCAACCCUGUUGGUUCAGAUUACCCAAGGUUGGUAUGAUUGCUGCAAACGAUGGAUUGAUUCUUCGCAACCAUGUCCCAAGAAUUCUCAAAAAGCAUUUUCGAGGAAAGCCGUAUUAUGUGGAUCUAGUUGACCUAUUCAACGAGGUAGAAUUCCAAACAGCCUCUGGACAGAUGAUUGAUUUGAUCACUACACUUGUUGGAGAAAAAGAUCUCUCAAAGUAUUCAUUGUCUAUUCAUCGCCGGAUUGUUCAGUACAAAACCGCUUAUUACUCAUUUUACCUUCCUGUUGCUUGUGCGCUCCUUAUGUUCGGUGAGGAUUUGGACAAUCAUGUUGAAGUGAAGAAUGUACUUGUAGAAAUGGGUACCUAUUUUCAAGUGCAGGACGAUUAUCUAGACUGUUUUGGUGCUCCCGAGGUAAUUGGAAAGAUUGGAACAGACAUUGAAGACUUUAAGUGCUCAUGGCUAGUUGUAAAAGCUUUGGAACUUGCCAAUGAGGAACAAAAGAAAGUCCUACAUGAAAAUUAUGGAAAAAAAGACCCCUCUUCGGUUGCAAAAGUGAAGGAACUAUACAACACUCUAAAUCUUCAGGGCGUAUUUGAAGAUUAUGAGAGCACAAGUUACAAGAAGCUAAUCACGUCCAUUGAAGGUCACCCAAGCAAAGCCGUACAAGCAGUGUUGAAAUCGUUCUUGGGAAAGAUAUACAAGAGGCAAAAGUAGGUAAUUUAUCCUACCAAAUAAUUUUUUUGUGUUUUUACUAUGUGUAAUAAGAUUUCUACAUUGUUUGUAACAACUGUUUUGUAGUUUCUGAUUCGUCGUUUUUAAUGUUCUUUAUUGACAAUUUUUUUGAGUUAUUUGUUG